GAAGUGGAGCCGGCGUAGCCGAUCCGUAGAUUAGUCAGAUUAUCGCCGCGUCUCUGUGCGUGUGAGAACGCCGUCAUGGCGCUCGGCCCUUUGAAGAUCAAUCCGGCAGCUUUGAACCGCUUAAAAGCUUUCCUGGCGGACCCGGCCUACAAGGAUGCGAUGGAAAGCUCGUCGUCUGCCAACACGCGCCUGGUGGUGGAGCGUCGUCUGCGGCUGCCGUUCCUGGAUGCCCAGACAGGAGUGGCCCAGAGCGACUGCGCCCUCUGGAUGCCGCGCUGGCAGCGCAUGCCCGGUCAUGGCGACGGGCAGCUGUAUUCGUACCCGGCGAGGCGGUGGCGCAAGAAGCGGCGCCAGUACCUCAUGAACGACCGCUACCUCGGAGCGGCCACACGUCUCAGGGAGCCGGACUACUCCGACGCAGACAUGCACCAGAUCAGCGUGGUGGAGAACACGGCGGCUCGCACCCCUGGUCUGGAGGGAGAGGAGGGGAGUCUGGGCCCCACGCCCCUGCCCACCGCAGCGGCCGACAAGACGCUCUCCCUGGCUGAGGACUCCAACCAGUCGUGGUACCGUGAUCUCGAAGACACAGUGACAGACCCCGCACUGCUGGACGCCACGGUCCAGGACUUCCCAGACGAUCCGGAGACGGACACAGAGGACUAUGACGAGACCUACACCCGCAAGAAGAAGAAGAAGGGAAAGGGCACCGGCCAGAAGAAGAGGACGCGCAUCGAGUACACGGACGCCGAGAAGCCCUACAGCUGCGAAAUCUGCGGGGUGCGUUACAAGACGCGUCCUGGCCUGUCGUAUCACUACGCCCACAGCCACAUUGCGGGCAGUGGCAACAGCAGCAGCAGCGCCAACAACAGCAGCAGCAACGCGGGGGUGAGCAGCGGCGGGGGCGGGGACCACCACGCGGCGUCGGGGGGCCAGGCCCCCACAGGGGGCCCGCUGCAGGAGGACAGCGGCUCCGGAAGCAGCGCCCCGUCGGGGGACGGGGCCGCUUACGGGGGCCAGAGGGGAGCCCCCUCGGGGGACAGCCCCCUGGCGGGGCUGCGCAAGUUCCAGGACAGCUUCCUCUCCUUCCUCAAGACCCCGCAGGGACAGGAGUCUGGUGGCAAGCCUGUGCCUUCCCCCGGGGGCCCCCACAUGGGGGGCAUGCCGAUGGGGCUGCCCCCCGGGGUGGCCCCGCCCCCCGGCAUGGGCAUGGGGGCGGGGCCGCUGCACCCCAUGGCGGCGGCGGGGGGAGGACCCCCCACCGAGGGACCCGGCUCGCGUAGCGCCAGCGGAAAGCCGCUAGCCAAUCCGAGCCCCUACUGCGACUUCUGUCUCGGGGACAACGGCGAGAACAAGAAGACACGGCAGCCCGAGGAGCUGGUCUCCUGCUCGGACUGCGGACGGUCCGCACACCCAUCUUGCCUCCAGUUCACGCCCAACAUGACGGUGUCGGUGAAGAAAUACCGCUGGCAGUGUAUCGAGUGCAAGUCGUGCGGACUGUGCGGCACUUCGGAUAACGAUGAUCAGCUGCUGUUCUGCGAUGACUGUGACCGGGGAUACCACAUGUACUGCCUCACACCGCCACUCUCCGAACCUCCUGAAGGGCUCUGGAGCUGUCACCUCUGCAUCGAAGAAUAUGGAAAUGUGGAGCAGCGUGGAGCGGGACCAUCACCAUAGCCGCCUCACCAGAGCCCUUGGGAACACCGUGGACGGGAAGCCCAGACACAUCGAUGUCCGCUGUGAUUGGAGGGUGGAAUUUCAGCAAGUGUGUUAUCCCCAGUCUUAGACUCUACCUUUGAAAACUCAUUUUUUUGUGGCCGUGCUGGACAAGCACUGGAGAGACAUCAAAGUCAUCACGGAACCUGCAUUGUGAUUGAAUAAAGUGAUCAUUAUCAGCGACAGG